GGGUUGUUGAUUGACAAACCAAGCUCAACAUUCAGACAACCGCAGGUGUUCUUUCACAAGGAGGCAAGAGGAAAGAAGUAUCACGACGAGGAACGUAUACACAUACCUGACUUAGGUGUAAGAACAGUAAAAGAUGGAGGCAGUGAGGAGGUGGAGGGCGGACUGGAGGUAUCCCACUACUCUGCUGUGCAUGUACGGAUUCUUCAGCACCGUGAAACCACUGGAACCUUUCCUCAUCCCAUACUUUACAGGACCGGACAAGAAUCUGACAGCAGAACAGGUUAACAACCAAAUUUUUCCAGUAUGGACAUAUUCCUACCUAUCUGUCCUGGUGCCGGUGUUCCUGCUGACUGACUGGCUACGUUACAAGCCUGUGGUGGUGAUCCAGUGCGUUGCCCUCUUCAUCACCACAGCGAUGAUACUCUGGACAAAAACCGUACCAGCUCUGCAGGCCAUGCAGUUCUUCUACGGGGUCGUGACAGCCAGUGAGGUGGCCUAUUUCUCCUACAUCUACAGUGUGAUAGAUCUGAAGAGGUACCGGAAGGCCACCUCUUACUGCCGCAGCAUUCAGCUCCUGGGGUACACUGUUGGCUCUGUUCUGGGCCAGCUGCUCAUCAGUUUUAAACUCAUGUCCUACAACAACAUCUUAGUGUUUACUCUAGUUCUCACUGCCAUUGCUCUCCUGUUUUCGUGCUUCUUGCCAAUGCCUCAGCAAAGCAUGUUCUUUCAUCGUAGACAGAAAACAGUGAGUACAAAGAGGCAUGAGGAAGGGAUUGAGGAUGCAAAUGAGGGUAUGAACAAGUCAAAGGUACCUCUGGAAGGAGAAACAGAGGAUGAGAAAGACUCCAAAGCUGAGGAACUUGAGGAGUCUGUUGGUUCUGAGCGCUGCAGCGAAGUCCUCCUCCAGCUGUGGAGGGACUUCCGUCUGUGCUAUUCCUCCAGACAGCUGCUCUACUGGUCAGUGUGGUGGGCGAUGGCCACCUGCGGCUAUAACCAGACUGCAAACUAUGUGCAGGUGCUGUGGGAGCAUGUGCAGCCUUCUCAGAACUUCAGCGUCUACAAUGGGGGAGUGGAGGCAGUGUCCAACCUGUUAGGGGCAGCCACAGCCUACAGUAUAGGCUUUACUGAGGUGAGAUGGGAGCAGUGGGGAGAGCUGGCCCUGGGUGGUUUCUCUGGACUUGGGGCAGUAGCACUCUUUGUCAUGACCUUCAUGGACAACAUCUGGGUCUGCUACGUCUGUUACGUCAUUUUCAAGUGCCUGUACAUGCUGCUGAUAACAAUAGCCAUGUACCAGAUUGCAGCUGAUCUGUCAAUGGAGAGAUACGCACUGGUGUUUGGCGCGAACAACUUUGGAGCACUGGCUCUGCAGACGAUCAUCACUUCUAUUGUGGUUGACACGGGCCUGGGCUGAGGCAUCAUUCCUCAGUUCAUCGUAUAUUCCGUCUACUUCUCCCUCAGCGUCGUAUUUGCACUUCGAGGACUCUUCACCAUAAUGAGAAACACAGAGAAGCAGCAAAGACUCCACCCCUCCAGUCAAUAUGAACCUCCAGGCUGUGACGAACACAGGUUCUAAUGGCAAGGAUUGAUACUUUGAAGCGGUGAUAGUCACUUGUGCUUUUGGUCCCAAAGCCUCCACAUGCUGGUUUAAAAAGCAGAAAAAGCUUCAAAUGACUGACUGCAACAUAAAUAUAUCUCUCUUUCCUUUUUUUUAUACAAAACAAAUUGUACAAGAUGUUUAUAAAUCCAUAUAAAUGAAUGG